AUGGAUAGUCUUCGAGCGAAAAUGUCCGGCCUCACACCAUAUCAGAAGAAACACAAGGUCACCGUGGUCGGCUCCGGGAACUGGGGAUCAACUAUUGCCAAAGUGGUUGCUGAAAACACCGCCGACCACCCCGACCUUUUCGAGCGAGAUGUGCAAAUGUGGGUUUAUGAGGAAGAAGUCGAGCUAGACCACAAGUCCAAGCACUACAACGAGUCUUCAGAGCUCAGCAAAGGAAAGCAAAAGCUCACCAAACUCAUCAACACUUUCCAUGAGAACGUCAAAUACCUUCCCGGCAUUCCUCUGCCUCACAACGUCAUUGCCAAUCCGGACCUCAUUGACUCGGUCAAGAACUCAUCGAUCCUCAUCUUCAAUCUUCCCCACCAGUUCAUUUUGAAUUUAUGUAAACAAAUGCGAGGUCAUAUCCUGCCGUUCGCCCGAGGGAUCUCAUGUAUCAAGGGUGUCAACGUCCACGAAUCCUCCAUCAGCCUGUUUUCCGAGACGAUUGGCGAAGAGCUGGGGAUAUACUGCGGUGCGUUGUCCGGUGCAAACAUUGCCAGCGAAGUGGCUCUGGAGAAGUUCUCCGAGACUACGGUCGCGUACGACCCUCCACCAAUGGAUUCACGAACUCCCACGCCGGCGACAUCUCAGGGACCUAGCCCGGCCUCGAGUCACGUCGACCUCACAAAAUUAGCACACAAGGAUGCUUCAGGAAAGCCGUCGAAGGUCAAGCUGAAGCCGCUCCCAGCAGAAUACCAUGCGAUCGACCACGACACAUGGAAGAAACUCUUCCAUCGACGGUACUUCCACGUCAGAGUGGUCUCGGACGUCGCUGGUGUGUCGCUUGGCGGCGCUCUAAAGAACGUUGUGGCUGUUGCAGCCGGUUGGGUCGAUGGCUUGGGCUGGGGUGAUAACGCCAAGGCUGCUGUCAUGCGAGUCGGGCUGCUUGAGAUGAGAGAGUUCGGUAACAGAUUUUUCCCUCAUACGGUUCAGCCAGACACGUUUACUGUUGAGUCGGCUGGUGUGGCCGACUUGAUCACCUCGUGUUCGGGUGGUCGAAACUUCCGGUGCGCCAAGAUGAGCAUUCAAGAAGGCAAAUCGAUCGAAGAGAUCGAGGAGAGAGAGCUUAACGGGCAAAAACUGCAAGGUGCAAUGACUGCGGGUGAAGUCAAUAAAUUCCUGAAAUACAAGGGCGUGGAGAAGGACUUCCCUCUGCUCACAGCGGUAUACGACGUCCUGCAAGGCAAAGAGAAGGCCGAGAAUCUGCCCGACCUCAUCGAGCCGGAAGACGAUUGA